AUGGGAAAAGAAGAGUGGAUGGGGAAAGGGGGCCGGUUGCCCCAGGCAAAAAAGGGGCCCACCUUCAUUAGCCCUAAAAAAAGCUCGGGGGAAAUUUACAGAGAAAUAGAAGACAAACAAGAUGGGGCGACCCCUCCCGGGUCCCGCAGCCGCGGCCCAAACCGCAAAGGAAGAAACGCGCGCGCUGUCUCGCUCGGGGCCCGGGGGGCCGAUCGCCUCGCAGACGCUCGCCGCGCCGCCGCCGCGUUCGCCGCGCGUCUCGCACGCCGUCGCGCGCGCCGUCCCCGCUGGCCGGCCCGCCGCUCGCCUGUCGCCGGGCGCGGGCUGGGUGGACUCGCGCCUGCUGUCGCCGCGCACGCCGCCGCCCGACCCGAGCCGCCGGAGCCGUCCGCCGCGAGCGCGUCGUCGUCGCGACACCGGAGCGCGCUCGCACCGUCGCGCGAGAGAUCUCGCGGGACCCUCCAAAGAGGUUUUCACGUCGGGCGACAAAUCCUGGUGAGCGUGAGCUUCAAGGACCAGGAGCGCGCUUCGGGUGACGAGCGACGAGAAGGGCCCGCAGAGAGCGGCGACGGAGGCGCGGGACGAACGGCCGCGCCCGACCCGGAGACCGUGCCCCGCCAAGCCCGUCCCCAUCAUCGCCCUGGAGCGGUCGCCCUUCCGCGAGCUGACCCCGUCCCCGCGCAACGUGAUCGUACUCCUGAGCGACGACGAAACGCCUCUUUGCCAAGGGAGGCGAGCGGGCCCGCCGCGGUGGCGGCCGCGCCGGCGGAGAGCGCGCACGGCGCGGUGGGCCCCAAGCCCGCCGCCCGACCGGCGGCCCCCCCGGCGGCUCCGCCCCCAACGGCACGGAGGAGUCUCGGGGGCCGUUGCCCGCCCCCCCGACCCGCCGGACUCCCCGGGGACGCGUACGACCCUUACGAGCGACUCGUCUGGCGUCGGCCUCCCCCGCCUCCGCCGGCGCCGCCUCCCCCCCCUCGAGCGCUGAUGACGCUGGAGGCCGCACAGAAAACGAAUCUGUCCGCCGAUGACGUUAUCGAUCGGCGCCCCCUGUCGCCUAUCGAAAAGGUCAUGGCGCUGCUGCAGUCCACGCGCGACGUGCCGCCCGACGACCCGCCCCCGGGCGAGGCGGCGGGGGUGGAGGGCGCGGCGAGCGAGGCGACCCCGGCCCCGGCCCCGGCGCCCGCCCCGGCGGCCCCGCCCAGCGGCCCCCCGGUGCGGAUCGUGCUGCCGUCGCCGACGCGCGCGGCGGCCCCGAAGCUGUUCCUCGCGAAGCCGUCGCCGAUCAAGUCGGACCCCAUCAAGCCCAUGCCGGCGGCCAAGAUCGCGCGGCCGGCGCCGCCGGCGGCUCGGCGCGGCGACUCGGAGCUGGGCGGCGACUCGCCCUACUCGCCGGGCUCCAGCGACUUCGGCGACCUGUUCGAGCCGCCGGGCGGGGGCCGCGACGCCUUCGACGCGGUGCUGGAGCGGCCGCCGCGCUCGCGCAAGCCGCGCUCGGCCGCCGCCAAGGUGCCCGUCAAGCUCAACAGGAAGAAAGGUAAAACGCAAGUGGGCGUGAAGAUCGACGAAGACAACCUUAAGAUACUGGACGACUUGCCCAGUUCCGCCGUCGAAAUGCAAGUCAAGAGCAAAUUUCUGAAGAAGCUGAACCGGCAAGAGCGCGUGGUGGAGGAGGUGAAGCUGGUGUUGAAGCCGCACUACAACAAGAAGCACGUCACCAAGGAUGAGUACAAAGAGAUCCUGCGCCGCACCGUACCCAAGAUCUGUCACAACAAGACGGGAGAGAUCAACCCGUCCAAGAUCCAGGCGCUCGUCGAAGCUUACGUCAAAAAGUUUAGAAAAAAACAUAAACUGGGACUAGUGUAG